AUGCCUCAACUUACCAUCGACUGCGUGCACUCCUUUCCCACCAAGCCGACAACCGACGAAGUUAUCCAGCGCAUGCCUCUCCUUGACUUUCUCAAGAGGAACAACCUCGCCUGGACCGUGAUGUCGCUCACCCCGAAGGCGGCCCAGAACAAGUUUGCGAAAGGUGUUAUGCUCGUCCAGCUGCAUUCGGUGACACUUGGCCCCGGCUUCCAGAAACGCAACUCGACCGGCCACAAGGGCAUGUCUUCCUGUUCCCCUAAGUUUCUCCUAGCACCCGACUCCGCGCCCAUGACCCGCCCGCAACCCAGUCAGUUUUCUCCGCAGAACACCCUUUUAAUCCUCCGACCCUGGGCAACCCUAUACCUCGAUAACAAGCUUUCUUGCCACGCCAACUACGCCCGCAGCACCAUAAUGCGCCGUAAUCCCAUCCCGCAACCAAUCCUCCCCGACCUGGUUGGCCACACGGUGCUGAUAGACUCCACAGACUCCGGCUGGUUACACAGGCACCAGCUGACGCCGGCAAUCUCUCUGUCUAUCACGAACAUAACCUACGUUGCAGCGUUCUUUCUGGUCGGCUAUUUUCGCAAAACGCUGAUUAGGCAGUUGCCUAGGGUCGAGUGGCUGAGUUUGCAGCUCCGACCUGUAGAAAGGGAUAGGCAGAGUUCUUCGACUUUGGUGCCGUAG